GCACGCGUCGCGCGUGCAUCACAUCACAUCAGAGAUUCAGAGCCCAGCGACGAGAACAGACAAACUGCGGCGGACCGACCCGGAGGCAGGCCAGGGCCCGAUCCUCCUCCUCCCCUCUCCCCGCCGGUCGCCGCCCUUGUCCCCGGGCGCGCUAGCCCCGUCGACGCCGGCGGGCAGCGUGAGAUAUGGGUUGCUCCUCCUCCGUGCCAGCUAGAAGUACAGGAGGGCUGAACACUGUCAGCAACGAUACCUCUUCUGCCACUGAUUCAAAGGACUUGCGUGCUAAGUUGGUAUUGCUGGGAGACUCAGGUGUUGGGAAAAGCUGCAUUGUUCUUCGCUUUGUUCGUGGUCAGUUCGAUCCUACUUCCAAGGUAACCGUUGGUGCAUCUUUCUUAUCACAAACAUUGGCAUUGGAAGACUCAACAAUAGUGAAAUUUGAAAUUUGGGAUACUGCUGGGCAAGAGAGGUAUGCUGCCUUGGCACCACUUUACUACAGAGGAGCUGCUGCUGCAAUUGUUGUCUAUGAUAUAACUAGUCCAGAAUCGUUUAGCAAAGCACAGUACUGGGUAAAGGAACUUCAGAAGCAUGGUAGUCCUGGUAUUGUAAUGGUUUUGGUUGGGAAUAAGGCUGACCUACAUGAGAAUCGGAGUGUAUCUUCACAGGGUGCACAGGAGUACGCAGAGAAGAACAAUAUGUUUUUCAUUGAGACGUCAGCAAAGACAGCUGAUAAUAUAAAUCAACUGUUUGAGGAAAUUGCAAAGAGGUUGCCUAGGCCAACGCCGUCCUGACAAAAACCCUUGUGUAUUGAGGAGUUACACAAAUACAAGUUUGUACCAUGUAAUGCAUGUCAGGCCAAUGUAUGGGUACUGUGUGGAAGACUGACGCUCAUGUAAAGCUUAUUCCAUUAUGUUAGUUGUGGAGACUCUUUGGUAUUGAAUAUCUAUCCUUUGAUGUUGCAACAACUGGUAAUCUGAUGGUUUCUUUUUUCCUUUUCCCUUUUUAAGGGCAAUCGAAUUACGAAGUGGUUGCGCAAA